CCUCUAAGCUGCCCAGGCUGGACUCCCACUGGGCGUCCUCCUGCCUCAGCCUCUCAAAGUGCUGGGAUGAUAGCACUCACACGCAAUCAUGCCCAUGGGCUUUCCUCUCUAGAAACACGCCUCACGUGACAGGUGAGUUGAAGCCACCGGGGUACAGGCAGGGGAGGGAGGGGCCACGGGCCCCCGCCAGCCAAGUUCCCCUGUGUCUUGUGUGCAGAGGUCUGUGCUGCGGGCGUCGUAAGACUGGAAACACAGGCACACAGGACUGGACACCGACGGUGUGCGCUCUCACUGACGCCGGUCUCUGACUCAGCCACUCACUCCUCCCCCAGUCUCCUGGCAACAGGGACAGGGAGGUAUUCCCACGUCCGGAAGCCGGAAAGGCCGGUGGCCGAAGGGCAGACAGUCGCUGGGGCGACCUCCAUCUUGGUCGGCUCAACCUCUGUGGACUCCCCCAAGGCUGGUUCUGAUGAUUCGUGUUCCGGAUUAUCCUGAUCGUUCGUGGCCACCAGCAACAGCGCUUACCUAAGGCUCCUUCAUGACGUGUUGUUGCUGAACCCGCAGUUGUAGAGCUAAGAGAAGCCAGUUUCCCUUUGGCGCGAGCCCCUGUGACCAUGGACGCCAGCGAGUUCCGCAGGAGGGGAAAGGAGAUGGUGGACUAUGUGGCCAAUUACCUGGAAGGCAUCGAGAGCCGCCUGGUCUACCCCGAUGUGGAGCCUGGCUACCUUCGGCCCCUGCUUCCAAGCAGUGCCCCUGAGGAGCCAGAGACGUUCGAGGACAUCAUCGGGGACAUUGAGAGGAUAAUCAUGCCAGGGGUGACACACUGGCACAGCCCCUACUUCUUCGCCUACUUCCCCACGGCCAGCUCCUACCCAGCCAUGCUCGCAGACAUGCUGUGCGGGGCCAUCGGCUGCAUCGGUUUCUCCUGGGCGGCCAGCCCGGCGUGCACGGAGCUGGAGACGGUGAUGCUGGACUGGCUGGGGAAGAUGCUGCGGCUGCCGGAUGCCUUCCUGGCCGGGGACGCCAGCCUGGGCGGAGGUGUGAUCCAGGGGAGUGCCAGUGAAGCCACCCUGGUGGCCCUGUUGGCUGCUCGGACCAAAGUGACCCGACGGCUGCAGGCCGCCUUCCCGGAGCUGACGCAGGCCGCCAUCAUGGAGAAGCUGGUGGCCUACUCCUCCGACCAGGCGCACUCCUCGGUGGAGAGGGCCGGGCUCAUCGGAGGCGUGAAGUUAAAGCCCAUCCCUUCCGACAGCAACUUCUCCAUGAGAGCCGCUGCCCUGCAGGAAGCCCUGCAGCGGGACAAGGCGGCCGGCCUGAUUCCCUUCUUUGUGGUGGCUACCCUGGGGACCACGAACUGCUGCUCUUUCGACAACCUCCUGGAAGUGGGUCCUAUCUGCAACGAGGAGGACAUGUGGCUUCACAUCGAUGCGGCGUACGCGGGCAGCGCCUUCAUCUGCCCCGAGUUCCGGCACCUUCUGGACGGAGUAGAGUUUGCAGAUUCAUUUAACUUUAACCCCCACAAAUGGCUUUUGGUGAAUUUCGACUGCUCGGCCAUGUGGGUGAAGCAGAGGAAAGACCUAAUAGGAGCCUUUAAACUGGACCCUGUUUACCUGAAGCACGGCCAUCAGGAUUCAGGGCUCAUCACUGACUACAGGCACUGGCAGAUCCCCCUGGGCCGGAGAUUCCGCUCUUUGAAGAUGUGGUUUGUCUUCAGAAUGUAUGGUGUCAAGGGCCUGCAGGCGUACAUCCGCAAGCACGUGCAGCUGGCUCACGAGUUCGAGUCCCUGGUGCGCCAGGACCCCCGCUUUGAGAUCUGCAUGGACGUCACUCUGGGGCUGGUCUGCUUCCGGCUCAAGGGUUCCAACCAGCUGAAUGAAACGCUUCUGAAAAGAAUAAACAGUGCCAGGAAAAUCCACCUGGUCCCAUGCCAUCUCCGGGACAAGUUUGUGCUGCGCUUCGCCAUCUGCUCCCGCGAGGUGGAAUCUGCCCAUGUGCAGCGGGCCUGGCAGCAUAUCCGAGAGCUGGCAGACGAGGUGCUGAGCCUGGACAGGGCCUGAGAGCCGAGCCGUGCAGAGACCAAGAGUUGAGUGAAAGUUUAUCUGAAAACUGGAACAAGAAGGAUGUAAACAUUGUCCCAACUCCAGGGAACGCAGCCUGUGUGUGGCCUCACGUCUGUCUCCAGAGUUAAUCAGACUUGUGACUAUCUUUUCCUGUGUCUCACCAGUGAAGAAAUAUUUAUUGUAUGUAAAGUUAAUCCAAGUGGCUAUACCUUUUACUCAUUAUUUCGCUGUGGUAUUUGUUGAUUAAAAAUCAUGUCGCUUGGUGAAAAAGACAGUGAGGUAUUCACACUCUCAAAGCCAUCAGUGAUAGCAGAAAAGGCUCAGUGAAGUACUUUCUAGGGCUGUGAUCGUGACUUGAAAUUAUACCUGUGGUCUUCAAACUGUCCUGUCACAUGGCUAAAUGCUUAAUAAACACCUGGAAUGUUCUGCU